AUCCUGCAGUGUUUGGAGUGACAUUCAAUCGACAGUGAAUCAAAAUGCAAUUCAAUUUGUGUCAAAUCACGGUUCUUUCCAUUCUCGUAGCAGUCAUAAACAGGGCGAACGCAGCUAACAUUCUUUACAUCGCGACAAUUACUUCAAAAAGUCACACUAUAUGGCACCGACCUCUCAUCCACGCCAUGGCAGCGAAAGGCCACAACGUAACCGUUAUCGCUGUCGAUGUAGAGCAGAGCCCCCCACCGAACGUAACCUACAUCGAAAUCGAAGGAGCCUAUGAAGCGUUCGCUCAGGAUGCCGAAGAAUUCAUGGCCAUGGAAAUGAACGAACCAUUCACGAUGAUUUCCGAAAUGAAACAGUUUACCCUUGCAUUUUGCAAGUACCUGAUCGGUAGCAAAGGUUUCGCUCAGUUCAAGGCCUACCCGGAUGAUUUCCCGGUGGAUGUGAUUCUGAAUGAUUAUCUGUUUGGGUCGUGUCUCUCGGGCUACGCUCAGCACAAGUUCGGUCGGCCACCGUACAUCGGAUUGACGGCCUACUUGGCACAGGUGACCACGCUAACCAUGACAGGAUCGUUUUCCUUUCCAUCAUUGAUUCCGCAUCACAUGUACGAUGCCAAACAACCGAUGAGUUUUCCGCAGCGAUUUUGGAACUUUAUCUACUACAUCUACGAGGAGAUCAGUAAGUACUCUCAAAUUCUACCGGCGCAGAAUCUAAUUUUGAAACAGAUCUCCCCGAACAUUCCAAACAUUGGAGAACUGGAACGGGAUACUCGACUGGUUCUGCUAAACUCCAACCCAAUCAUACAGUUGUCAGAACCAAUGAUGCCGAAUGUCAUUCCCGUUGGCGGAAUGCAAAUUAUUCCAGCGAAAUCUCUUCCGGACGAUUUGCAACGUCUGGUCGCCGAAAGUAAGCUUCCGAUAAUUCUGUUUUCACUCGGAACCAACGCCAGAAGCGAUAAGCUGGGAAGUGCAACGAUCGAAGCGAUUUUGAAUGCGAUGCGAGAACUGUCCGAGUUUCAGUUUCUGUGGAAGUUUGAGUCCGAACUGCGAGAGUUUGCGAUACCGAAAAAUGUCUACAUUCGGCAGUGGAUGCCACAAAAUGAUUUGCUGGCACAUCCCAAUGUCCGGCUGUUCAUAACGCAUAGUGGACUGCUGAGUACCCAGGAAGCGGUAUGGCACGGAGUUCCGAUCGUUGGCUUUCCGAUGUUCGCCGACCAGUACGCCAACAUCGAGUACUGCGUACAACAGGGCGUGGGAAUUCGUCUAUCGAUCCGUGCAUUCGAGAGUCAACAGCUGGUGGAUGCAGUACGGGAGAUGAUGGGAAAUUCACGGUAUACGGAAAAUAUGACUAAACUCUCGAAAGCGUUCCGAGAUCAGUCGGAGCAUCCCUUGGAUCGAGCCGUUUGGUGGGUAGAGUGGGUUCUCCGAAAUCCGGACGCCCGGAUGAUGCAGUCCAGUGCGAUAGAUUUACACUGGUUCGCAAAGUAUUCGAUCGAUGUGAUUAUGGUGAUCGUGCUCGCUUUUGUGUCCUUGGUGGGCUUGGAGUGUUGGAUUGUUCCGAAAUUGGCGAUGUGGCGAAGGAGUCGGGCAGUGGAGAAGAAAAAGAAACAAGAAUAGAUGUGUUGAGGCAAUUGAAUGAAUGGUUUCAGUGAAUCUAUUGGAUUGAAAGUUCGUUAGUAGUAAACUCCGUGAGAAAACACUUUUCACGGAUGAUCAAUAACUUUAAUUGAAAUAAUUAAAUAUAA